UGUUUUCUUUUUACGACGCAGGUAACGUUUCCGGAGUUGUUGUACAGGAAAAAAAACAAACCCAAAUGUUUUAUCCUAUAUAUAUAUUCUCUGAUUACAUUAAGACUUAAAUGACAGAUCAAGGAAACAGUAAAGUUCAAGUCUAUUUUAUUCCUCAAAACCCGGAGAUCCUAGCAGAAAACUUGGAGGAAGUGGUUUUAUCAGGAGAUGUUGCCCAGGAAACAGUUGUCGUGACAACCACAGAUGAUGAGAGUGUUGGCGGUGACUUUGAUGAGUCCAGUGUUGUGCCUAUUGAGAAUUUAGAUGUCUUAAAUACCAUAGAAUUAUCAUGUGAUGAAAACUUCCAGUCAUCUUUAGAACCAUCUCCAAUCACUCCGUCAGAUCUUGGAGAUGGAAAUGAAGAGUCCUUUGUUCAAUCUUACAUAGCACUUGUUCCCAACAAUGAAUCAAGAUUGGAUACAGAACUGGACAAUUCUCAUCUGACGGUCAAGGAACUCACCAAGCGAGAAAAGGACAGGAUGUACAAGAGGGAGCAGAGGGCCAACAAAGAAUACAGAGAACAAGAAAAAGUUCAAGCCAAACAAAGAAUGAAAGACAAAAGAAAAGAUCCGGAAUACAGAGAAAAAGAAAGGAAAAGAGAUGCAGAACGUCGAAAACUAGCUCGUUUGAAUAACAAAGAGUUUCGUCAAAAGGAGAAGGAACGUGACAGACAAUAUAAAAGAGACCAUCGGAAAAAAUCCAAUUCCAGCUUACAAAGUGACCUUGCAAAUAGAGCAGGUAUUUCUCCGAGCAGUUCUAAUGCAUCGGAAAAUCUAACAGUGGGUAAUUGUUUCACAGUGUUGGACUGGACGGGGAUCAGCAGUAGUGAUGUUGAUGUGAAGUUAACACAGACAGUGGAUGAAUCGGAUGUGACAGAGUAUCAAAUGUAUGAUCAAGAUUCAAUGUAAACAAAAAAUGAUUAUAAUAGUACACAAAUUUAGCUAUCUAGCAACUAUGCAGCUUAUAUGACAUGCAAAUUCAAAACGUUGAAAUAUUUGUUCUUCUGAAAGAAGAAAUAAAUCUUGAGACAAAAUAAUAUGCACCAGGUAAUGGUUAUUGCAUUUUGUAUUUCUCUAAGUUAAAUUUAUUUUGGGUUCUAAGAACUGUUCUCUAUAAGAGGUUUUAUUUUUGUUAACCUUAGGCUAUAUGCAGAAAAACUAUCGAGUUAUUCAAACUUGUGUAGAUGAUUAGUAUUACCUAGCUAGCAAGUGAUCAAUGAUUCCAAAUUGCUGUUAAUUUACAUUAAUAUCUUGUUAAAUGCAAUUUUUCUUGUCAGUAAAAAUGAAUGAUACAUGAGUUACCAUGGCAACUUAUACUUCAAAUGGCCUCCUCAGAACACUUUAAUAAACAACAACAAGUGUUUUAUGAUUGAUAUUUAUUGAUCCAGUGAAAUAUAAUAAUCUAAUUUAUCUCUG